AUGUGUCACGACAUUCCAGGGAAAACAGUUCAGGCCGGAGACCGGGACGCUUUCCUCCUGGGGGGGGGGGGGGGAGGGGCUUUCGUUCCUGCAGCUGGCGAGCAGCUUGAGCUGGAACCAAGUGUUCAAGAGCUUUCGGGAGUUCUCUGCCAGCACAUCUGGCCGGAGCCAUCAGCGAAACCCGCGGAGAAGCGCAUUUCACGUCUGCACUGCGGGAGUUGGGGGGGUGGUCUUCUGCCUCCGCGAGCCCAGCUGCCUUCAGGAAGCCUCCACACAGCACCUGCUCGGUGCCCUUCACCCCGGCGCCCCCAAGCCCAAGGCGUCGGCCCCUGCGGGGCACUCGGAAAGGGCGUAUGCCAUCUCUUCUUGCUACCUGGGCUACCUGAACAAGCCCCCUCCGAUGACAUAACUUCUGAACAGUGGUGCUGUAACCGAUCUGCCGUGAGGAAGCUGCUUCCCCUUCAGCAAGGAAAGACCGGAGGGACCCCCACCCCCAUCUCCUCCACGCAGGGCAGGAGGGGUGUGGGCAGCACCUGGAUGGGGGAGAUGGGGCCCAGGGACAGCCCUCUGCAAACUGUGCCUGGGGGCGGAUCAAAGUGCUCUGCACUUGGCAACUGCCGGCAGCAUCCCCUUCAUCUCGGGGGGUUUCCUGUUCAAGCGGCUCGCCCUGCCCACAUGAAGGGAGCGCCUGUUCCGAGGUAUGUUCGCGUGUUUGCGCAGUUGUGUCAUUUACAUUGGCCAUAUGUUAAUGGUAUGUACCCAAGAGCUGGUCUUCUAUUAGAAGAGGGCUAUCCAUCAGUGCUUCUGGGAAGCAUACAAGCGGACAGAGUUUUCAAAGGGCAUGCCUCACUGAACGUACAUUCCUCGAGCUCGUCUAUAAAAAGAUUUUCAGGCACGCAUUCCGCACUUGGUCUUAAUUUUCUGUUGAUUUCCAAACUCGAGCAAACCGCAAGCAGCUCUGUGGUCUUCUCCACCAGGCUGGUUCUGCAGAUGUAGAAGCAGUGAGAGACCUUCUCCUAAAUCAGAAUUACGUGCAGCCAAGGAAGGGCAAAGGGACCGGUGCAAUGCAGAUUUGCACAUCAUCCCGAUAAGCCAUCGUGGGACGGACGUCAGCGCCGCGCUGGUGAGCAGAGUCUGUCACACAGGCAUCUAAGAACACACGGCAUGGGACACGGUGUGCUCUCUGGAGGGGCCUUGCUUAUGGUCGUUGGUUCUCAGCGCAUGAUUUCUCUGCCAACGGAACGAAAGUCAUUCAUUUUGGGGGCCAGGUGUUCCUCACUCAGGCACCCCUUGUUCCUUCAUUAAUGUGUCAUCAGAGCCAUAUUUCUGUGUGCAUUUGGACACUGACUUACGUGAUCCAUGAGCCAUAAAGCCCAUCUUGCUAAGAAGAGGAUUUCCCCCAGUCCUGGUCAUUCGCCUUUCGUCUUCUUUGUCCCCGCUCCCUUGCUAGGAGUAGGGAAACCUGCUUUGCUGGUCGGCAGCUCACCAGUCCCUUCAAGGUGGCAAGCAGGGCGUAGGUCGUAAGCCCUCCGAAGCAGGGGUUCCACCCAGCCCGCCCUAAAAGGGAGUUUGAGAACCGGGGGAGCGUGAGACUUUCGGCAAGCAUCCUCGCGCUUGCUCUUCACACCGAGGGUGCAAGGCAGGCCGCAGCGGGCUGUGGGGUUAGCAACGGGAACCCCGUGGCCUCCGCUCGUGCUGCGGCCUUACAGAGAGUGUGCACGUGUCGAGUGAGCAUUGCACACAGGAGCGAGAGAGUCCUGGCAUCAGGGCACGAGGGCACUCACUGGCGGUGUCCACGCGUUUUCACAAAGUCAACAGCUGCCCCGUACGAAGCUUUGACGAUUCCAAUGUCCCCCUGUGGCGUCUGAUUUUCUUCAAGUGCGACACGGUUUGUCUUCAGAACCACAUGGAGUCCUCCUGACCACACGGCGCUCAGGGGCUCACUUCAUUAUCCUGCGGCCUGAAACAUGCCUUCAAGGCUGAUCGUUACUUUUAACAAAGAAGCUAAACUGUCCACGGCAUUUCCCCCCUCCUCCCUCUCCCUGUCGUUUCCCCCCUCCCCUCCCCUCCUCUUCCCUCUCUCCCCUCUUCCGAGGGUCUCCUAACAGGAGCCCAGGUAGGGAGAAGAGGCAGCUGUCCUGCCUGCUGCAGCGGGCGGGGCCCGUGACGCCCUGGCAGCACACGCAAGCUCGGUACACGCCAGCUGGCGCAUCACUCUUGCAGCCUCGGUGGUAAACACGCAGUUCCAUUUGGUCUCGCGGACUCGUGGGCCGUCUUAAUGGUUCUUUCUGAGUUCGCAUCAGUCACGGGAAGCACCAGGUACAGCUGUUACCGCCUUCUCUGUAAUUCUACCUCGCUCAAAGUCUCCACUGUGUCAUUGUAGCCGGGGACAGGUCAGUGCCAGAGCUGUAUGUCCCCUGAUUCAUGCCCCUUUACUGUUUUCUUGGUGACUUAAAAUCGACAUGAAUAUGUGCUCCAGCUCUCGGUCUUGGUAUGACGUUCCAUGUAGCAGCAGUUAGCAAAUCAUCUAUUAGGAUUCUCUCAGUACUUCCGUGGUGGGGGUGUGUGUGUGUGUGUGUGUGCACGCGCGCACCUGAGGAAUCCGGUUCUCUCGAUACACUCGUGGACAUGCAGACAAUCUUCCCAGCUUUCAGUGUGCAGAAACCGACAUCCUGAUGGGGUUACUGUGUUAUAAAACAUUUACUGGUGAUGUUUAGGAUCAGUCUUAAUGUGAACUGAUAAAUUUCGGAGAAUUUACAUAGUUUCAAUAGGAUACCGCAAAAUUAUUUAGAAAAUAUCUAGACUUAUAAAGUUUCGUGCUAAUAGAGAGCCAGUGCUGUGGCAUAGCAGGUAAAGCUGCCACCUGCAGUGCCGGCAUCCCAUAUGGGCAACGGUUUGAGUCCUGGCUGCUCCACUUCCGAUCCAGCUCUCUGCUGUGGCCUGAAAAAGCAGGAGAAAAUGGCCCAAGUCCUUGGGCCCCUACAACCGCAUGGAAAACCUGGAAGAAGCUCCUGGCUCCUGGCUUCAGAUCGGCACAGCUCCGGCUGUUGAGGCCAUCUGGGGAGUGAACCAGUGGAUGGAAGAUCUCUCUCUCUCUCUUUCUCUCCCACCCUCUUUCUCUCUCUCUCUCUCUCUGCCUCUCCUCUCUCUGUGUAACUCAAGUAAAUAAAUAAAUCUUUAUAAAUGUUUAGUACUAACAGAAGAUAUAAAAUACACUGGAAGAAAUAAAUGAGAUUUAGAUAUCCAUUUCUCAGGAAACCUCUUAUUUGAUACAUGCAUAUUAAAGACCCAUGUUGAUAUCACCGCAUUCAAAGACCUCCAGGUCAACUUGGAACAGACAGGAAAUAUUGUAAAUCCUAUCUCGUGAUAGAAACAAAACAAAGCCAACUUACUUGGCGAUUUCAUACAGAAAGUGUAACUGUCCACAUCUGCUCCUGCUCGCCUUCUUAGGAGAUUCAUGCUGGGACAGCGGGAACCCAGGCACGUGGUCCUAGUGUGACCGAGCCAGCGUGCCCAGGGAGGCGGGGCUGGGGCACACAGGCAGACCCAUCUUUGGGAGGAAGGAGUAGAGCCCCAGGUCACUCUUGCUGCAACUUUUCUUGUCUUCAAAUGUCCCUGUUCUGUGAACAUCAUCUGAAUUUUACUAGAAGAAAUGACCUCUGACACAGGGGGUUUCACCCAACCAUUUCCACCCGUACCACUCAGCCCGAGCCCAGCGGUGUGGUCUGGCUGCCAGCUGGCACCCAUGGCCACGGCCGGUGACAGGAGCUGAGCUUCAGCUCAUCCACAAAUCCAUGACCAGGGACGUGCGCUGGCCACAGCCUGCACGCACAGCCCAGGUCCAGUGGUGUGCGCUGGCCACAGCCUGCACGCACAGCCCAGGUCCAGUGGUGUGCACUGGCCACAGCCCCGUGGACCUCAGGCUUGGGAGUUCUUCACCCCGGGGAGGUGUGUUUUCUCCAGUCGCAGUGACAUUACAUUCUGCUAGAUGGAAGUCGUCAUUUCAGAAUGGCGGCACUGGACGUCUUCGUGUGUGAAGUCCGAGACAGACGCGCUUCCUCCGUAUUCGUGGACAGUUCCUGCUUACAGCAAGCCGCACGCAGGAUCUCAAGUUACAAAACUUACAAAACUUUACAAAAACCACGAAUCAGCCGAACGAGGCCUGAAGCUGCAUCGCCUUCCUAAUUUUAAAUCUGUGUCCCAGCAACGUGUUGCUCUUUGCCUUGGGUGAAGGUGUGCAGACUCAGAUAAAGUGAGAAUUUUCCACGAUAAAAUUUUCAGUAGAAAAGAUAUCAGAAACGUAUCUCUCCACUGUUAACUUUUUAUUCAUUUUUUUUUUUCAGUUUUUCUCUUGUGAUGAAAUUGAUGAUCACUGUGCUUAAUUUGACUUUAUUGCUCUUUGGUUAUUGACCGUCCACACAACACUGUGAUUAAAUCGCGGUGAAGUACUGGGCAGAUUUUACAAAGCGUAUUAUUACAAGUUUGGUUCUGGCACAGACCCACAGCAACCUCUGUGAAUAAUUAAAACAUUAUUUAUCUCA